AUGGCAGAGCUUCUCGCGGGCUUGGAGUGGCAAGCGCUCUUCAAGGCCAUGGCCAGGCACGUCUACGUCGAGCUCCGGAGCCAGCUGCGCACGAACGACGAGUGGGCCGGCCGCUUCCGCGCCGCCUUGCUGCUCGGUGGCGUCUCGGGCGUCGUUGCUGCCGGCUUGGUCUGCUAUCGCCGUCGACGCAAGAUGCUGCGCGCUCCGAGCCACUCUCGCUUGCACCCGGCCACCUCAUAG